AGUCUGUGCACAGCGUUAGUAUAACAUGAGGACUGGAUGUAGCCCGUUCUCCGGAGGACUUCCUUGCCUGCUGCAGGAAAGAGAAGACUGAAAAGACAAACCUGGGUGCAGCCAGAAAGGUCCAAAUAGAUGAGCUUGUGGCAUCCAUUCCCUAAACUCAGGGACUCCAGGGAACCUCAGCUGGAUCUCAUUGUUCCUGAUCUGCAUUAGUUAAGAUUACCCAAACUUGGAUUUCAAAGGAAUAUUUUCAUUGUUCCAUCUGUCACACUAAGUAAUUGGGGCCAGCUGGAUGUCAGGAUGCGCGUGGUUACCAUCAUAAUCCUGCUUUUCUUUUGUAAAGCCGCUGAGCUCCGCAAGGCAAACCCUGGGGGGGUGAGAAACCGAGCUAAUCCUGGCCGGGUGGGUGGGGGCCGGAGAAGCUCCAACCCGGUCAAACGCUAUGCACCAGGCCUCCCUUGUGAAGUGUACACGUAUCUUCAUGAGAAAUAUUUAGAUUGUCAAGAAAGAAAACUAGUUUAUGUGCUACCCGACUGGCCUCACGAUUUGCUGCACAUGUUGUUAGCAAGAAACAAGAUCCGCAUAUUGAAGAACAACAUGUUUUCCGAGUUCAAAAAGCUUAAAAGCUUGGAUCUGCAACAGAAUGAGAUCUCCAAAAUUGAGAGUGAGGCUUUUUUUGGUUUAAACAAACUCACCACUCUGUUACUGCAGCAUAACCAGAUCAAAGUCUUGACAGAAGAAGCGUUCAUUUAUACACCUUUGCUGAGCUACCUACGCCUUUAUGACAACCCCUGGCACUGUACUUGUGACAUAGAGACCCUUAUUUCAAUGCUGCAGGUUCCAAAGAACCGAAAUUUGGGGAACUACGCCAAGUGUGAAAGCCCACAAGAACUAAAAAAUAAAAAACUGCGGCAGAUAAAAUCUGAAGAGUUAUGUAAUGAAGAAGAAAAUGAACAAUUGGACCCCAAACCUCAAGUGUCAGGGAGACCCCCAGUCAUCAAGCCUGAGGUGGACUCUUCUCUUUGCCACAUCUAUGUGUUUCCCAUACAGACACUGGACUGCAAAAGAAAAGAGUUGAAGAAAGUUCCAAACAACAUCUCUCCAGAUAUUGUUAAACUUGACUUGUCAUACAAUAAAAUCAACCAACUUCGACCCAAGGAGUUUGAGGAUGUUCAUGAGCUAAAGAAAUUAAACCUUAGCAGCAAUGGCAUUGAAUUCAUUGAUCCUGCUGCUUUUUUAGGACUCACACAUUUAGAAGAGUUGGAUUUAUCAAACAACAGUCUGCAAAACUUUGACUAUGGAGUAUUAGAAGACUUGUAUUUUUUGAAACUCUUGUGGCUCAGAGAUAACCCUUGGAGAUGUGACUACAACAUCCACUACCUCUACUACUGGUUAAAGCACCACUACAAUGUCCACUAUAAUGGCCUGGAGUGCAAAACACCUGAAGAAUACAAGGGGUGGUCUGUGGGAAAAUAUGUUCGGAGUUACUAUGAAGAAUGUCCCAAAGACAAAUUACCAGCAUACCCUGAAACAUUUGACCAGGAUACAGAAGAUGAUGAAUGGGAAAAAAUACACAGGGAUCACACAGCAAAGAAGCAAAGUGUAAGAAUCACUAUAGUGGGAUAAUUUAGAAAUUCUUCUAGUUGCAGCUACUUAUAUAUUUGCUAUACUGGUGUCAGAAAACCAUGUUUACAUUUUGAUUAACUGUGUUGCCUAUUUAUGCAGGGUUGUCCAACUAAAGGAAGGUUUCUUAAUUAUUUUUAUUAUUAUAAUAAUCAAGGGAAUACUCUCAUCCUGUUUGCCUGCCUAUUUGCAGAACAGCCUUUGGUGGGUAUUCUAUACUAGUAACCUGCAGAAGUUGGGUCCUAAUGAUGACAUUAGAAUUUCAUAAUGUCCUGUAUAAAUGUUUUUACUGCUUUUUGAAAAUAAUUUUUUAAAUGUUCAUUUUUACAUGCCUUUUAUAGCUGCAUGGACACACCUAAACAUGAUCAAAAUGACAAGAUACAAAUACUUUGUAAUAAUAAAAUGUCAUUCUCUCCCCUCAGUCCCUACCCCUACUUUUUUUUUCAUUAAGUCAGCUUAUACAUUGAAUAAAUUUCCAUUUCUGAUUCUUGUG